CUCUCGCCUGGACUCGACUGGCUUGGAGGCGCAACAACAACAACAAAAAUCCUUCAAUGAAAAAGCAUACACAGUCCGGGCAUGGAGUGCAUCAAAAACUGCUGCAAGAGGCUCGUUAAAAAGCGAGGGAAGGAGCCGGAGGAGACGCAAGGCGUUGCGGUGCAGAUGCCCAUCGGCAGCGCAGCAGCCCCCAACAGAUGGGGGGUUGGCGAAGACUACCUACUGUCCAGGAUGCCCGCUAACGGCAAGGAGGUCCCAUUUGUCCUGGCCACCUUGAAGGCAUCGUAUGUGCAGCUGGGAGCGGCCACGUACCCCGACCUCCAGUACGGGAUGCCCGGUCCGGCCCGCUGCACGUACGCUCAGAGGAAGGCCGAGCUCCUGACCCCCACCGCUCCGUUAGUGUACAGCUGCGAGUCCAACCUGCGCGCCGUCGCUAUAGCCGAGGGUCCUGAGAGGGCCUCGUCGGGCCAGAACCCCCGAGACAUUGGGAGCAACAAAAACUCCUCAGGUGUUGAUGAGCGAUUAAGUCAGUCCACGUUCGAGCUCGACAGCUCUCACGAUCGUCACAAGCAGAGCUUCAAUUCCAUAUCCAGUUUCCUCAGCACUCCGCCCUCCAUCACUGACUCAAUUAAAAGCAGCACAGAGUCUUUCUCACUGUUGGGUGACGACCUAGGGAGGUUGUGUGUCCGACUGAGUUACCAGGAGGAGAUGGAGCAGGUGUGGAUCACCCUGGACCAGUGUUCACAACUCAACCUGCCAGUGAACGAAGCACAAAAGCCAAAGAUCCGAAUCAAAGGUGUCAUCACACUUCCCAAACCGGUCCACUUCAAGACCUCCACCAAGGAAUACUCUCAGCAUGUAUCCUUCAUGGAGACCUUUGUGUUCACGCUGAGCCUCCAGACCCUAUGCCACAGCGCUCUGCUGCUGAAGCUGCAGACGCGCGGGGCCAAGAAGCGCACGGCGGCCGAGUGCGUCAUGUCGCUGCGGCGGCUCGGCCCGCAAGAGACGGAGUGGUGGCUGAGCCUCGGCGCCCCGGGCAUGUCCUCCGCGGGAGGAUGCGAGCUCCAUUUGGCGACCUGCUUCCAGCCCGUCUGCAGACGCCUGCAAGUCCGAGUCCUCGCCGCCCAAAACCUGCCGGCCUGCUCCUCGCCCCUCCCGCCAGGGUACACGGUGACUGUGGAAAUACACGGAGCCGACCGGCCGCCGACCAAGAUGAAGACGCGAGUGCUCAAGGCCCACAGGGGGCAGUGUCAGUGGGACGCCACGUUUUUCUUGGACUUGGACGACCUGGACCCGGCCGCGUGCACGCUCUCAAUCAAAGUCUUCAGCUGCAGCUCGGUCAAGAGGAAGCAGUGUGUCGGACAGGUCCAGCUGGGAUUGGACGCACCCACGCAGGAAGCCGCCGAGCAGUGGAAAGAAACCGUGGAAUAUCCCGAGAAAGUGGUGGCGGCGUGGCAUACUGUGACAUAAAGUCACCUUUUGUUGCACACGUGGAAUGGGAUCGGUUGGUCUAAUUCACUUAUUAACGUUUUGGAGUUAUUGGUCAUUCUAAUGACUGACUGGUUCAAGGCCUUGGUCUGCCUACUGCACUUGAGUUAUUGGUCACGAACAGGCUCAUGUUAUCGGUCGGUCUAAUUCACUUAUUAGAAGUUUGGUGUUAUUGGUCAUUCUAAUGACUUACUGACUGCCUCGAGGCAUUGGUCGUCCUGCUACACUUGAGUUAUUGGUCAGUCUAAUACUUACUAACAGGUUCAUGUUAUCGGUCGUUGUAAUAACUUACUAAUCGGCUGAAUCUAUUGGUGAGUUUAAUACUAACAGUUUGAGUUAUUGGUCGUUCUAAUAGACUUAUGAAGUAGAUUUUGAAACAUUUCAUUCCCUUGUCACUUAAAUAUUGUGUGUACUAUUUUUUGGUUGUAACUUAUUGAAGAUCGUGUUCAUUUGUUUUUGUGUAACAUGCAAACCUUUGCACUUUUUAACAUUUUUUUUUUUGUAUUUAAUAUUUGUAUUAGUUUUGCGCAAUUAAGCAUAGGCGUCAUUGUGUAUGUUUGAGCCGGACAAGAGGUUACGGACACGCCGUCGGCGGGACUUUGACGGGAAGCGUUAGUCACGCGUCGGCGGCCAUAAAGGGACCAGGACACGUCUUUGUCGUAAAAGAGGUCAACAACGGCAAAUCAAAGCGCCAAUUUCAGCUUCAUUUGAGAUUUUGGGAAAUGGGCACCAAUCAUUGCACAAGAAUGGCGACGGUGCAGAUGGCCAAACGAGAGUGACGCAGCACAAAAUGGCGGAGCGCUCUUUUGCAAGCGUGACACCGGGACAGCCACCAGAGAGCCUCGCACUCGUCUACACCGGAUAAUUGCUUCCAUUUAUGUUUACUUUUGUCUCAAAAGUGUAACGUGAGACAAUAAAGAACUGAUUCACUUUUGUUAUUAAAUCAUGAUCUUUGAUCCCUUUUUUUAUUUCAA